AUGGAGAAUCAGAUAUUGCUUGAUACAAGAUCAUUAAUAGACAGUGGACUUGUAACAGAAAUAUUUAAUCAAAAUAGUCCUGUUAGUUCUGAAAACUUUAAUCUGGAUACUGCAGCAAUCCAUAAUCCCAUUGAAGAAGGAUUGCUAUCUAGUCAAGACAAUCAUUUACACACUGUAAAUGUGGGAGAGACUUUUUUAGAUCACUUCAAUUAUCCACUUACCUUUGAAAAUCAAAAAACAAUAGUACAGGUUGAAGUACAUCUGCGUGGAAACAACAGCUGUGGUGAUGAGGAUCUUGAAAAAUACAAGGAACUGAAUAUUCCACAAGAAGCUGAACAUACGCAUUUACCUGAUCUGCCUUCAAAUGGUGUCCACUUUCUUUCUUCUGUAGCAAUGCAGCACAAAAAUCGCCGUGUUCCAGUUUCAAGCAUGUUCUCUCCAGAAGGAACAGUCAAUCAAAAUGUCAGAAUGGUACCAGUGUUCAGACCACUCAUCCCACCAGUUACAGACUCUUCUAGUGAUACCUGUGGCUUACCUCCGACUAGCGCUCCUGUCUAUGACGACACAGCUGAGGUAAGAGAGGGAGUUAGUAAUGUUAUCAAGAAUCACCAAGACACAGCAAUUUUUCAGAGCUCAAAUGUUGAUGAGUCUGGCUGCAAGUUAUUAGCACUGCACAGUGUAGCGGAGGAAUCCAGAUGUUCACCCAGAGAUGAUUCCAACCCUGUGGUUAUCUACCAGCUGGAAGGAGGCGCUCAGAUUCUCUGUAUAAACAGUUGUGGCACACAAGAACUCAAACCAGUUCAUCUAAUUCCCGAGUAUCACAACCAACAUAAUUCUCUUCAAUCAGACGUGGCCAACCCUGGAACAGCUGUGCUGGGGCAGUAUUUGCCUGUUCCAGGUGAACUGGUUCUGAAUCAGCAAGAGUUUGAAAACGGACCCUUACAGACGCUAGCUGGCACUGCCCCCUUCCAUCUAGAAUCAAACCUGCAUGGGCCAGUGAAAAUGACCUUGGAGGGCUUACCUUUUGGUUCAGGGGUUACAAAGUCUAAGAAACCGUGUAACUGCACAAAAUCUCAGUGUCUUAAAUUAUACUAUGAUUGCUUUGCCAGUGGUGAUUUUUGCAACAGCUGCAACUGCAAUAAUUGUUACAACAAUCAACUUCGUGAAACUGAGAGAUUUAAAGCCAUUAAGACCUGUCAUGAUAGAAAUCCAGAGGCUUUCUUACCAAAGAGUGGGAAAAGGAAACUAGGAGAAAUUAAACCUCACCAUAACAAAGUAUGUAACUGCAAGCGCUCAGGAUGCCUCAAGAAUUAUUGUGAGUGCUUUGAGGGGAGUCAGGCUACAACUGUGUGUUCCUCUAUUUGCAAAUGCAUUGGUUGCAAAAAUCAUGAAGAAAGUCCAGAUGAAAAAAACCAGUUGAACGUGCUAAGCUACAUGGACAUUGGGAAUAAUGAAGGAAAAAGCAGAGUUUUAACAUCAGCGUUCAAAGUAGUACCAAAACUGAGGACAGACAGGCCACUGGCUGUAUGUCUGUCUUGGGAAGAAGUGAAAGGGAUAUGUUCCUGUCUCCUGGUGCAAGCUGAAGAGGCAGAAAAAAGCGGUUACUCUGUCUGUCUAGCUGAGCAGAUGAUCAUGGAGGAGUUUGGGAGAUGGGUAUCCCAGAUCCUACAUGUGCUGUUCAAAUCUAAAGGACUGAAAGUUGAAUAA